CGACGAGAGAUCAGGACGAGAGCUGGAAUCGCAUUCAGAAACACUCUCAGGAAGUGCAAUUGGGCUGAACAGUUGGGUGGUUGUCUGCAACAGCUAUGGAUUCUCUGGCUUUUUUUGUUUCGCUUGUUAGUGGUGGUUGUGCAGGAACUUCGACAGAUAUCGUAUUCUUUCCAAUUGACACUGUCAAAACUAGAUUACAGGCCAAAGGUGGGUUUUUCAAAAACGGUGGAUGGAAAGGCAUUUACAAGGGUUUAGGGAGUACUGUUGUAGCAUCUGCUCCAUCUGCUUCAUUAUUCUUCGUCACAUAUGAUACUUUGAAGAAGGAACUCAAUCCCAUCAUAUCUCAAAACUAUAUCAAGGACAAUAAGCAUUUGUCUGACUCAGUUACUCAUAUGGUCAGUGCUUCUUGCGGUGAAAUUGCUGCAUGUCUUGUGAGAGUGCCAGCAGAAGUUAUUAAACAAAGAACCCAAGCUUCACAUUUUGCUUCUUCUCUAGAGUCUUUGAAGUAUAUUUUGAGAAACGAAAAUGGCGAGGGUAUAAUCAAAGGGCUAUACAGAGGCUGGGGAACAACCAUCAUGAGGGAAAUUCCAUUCACAGUAAUCCAGUUCCCUUUAUAUGAAUUUUUAAAGGUUCAAUGGGCAAUAAGAGAUAACAAAGAAAAAGUGUCUCCAUUGCAGGGUGCAAUUUGUGGUUCAAUUGCAGGUGGUAUUGCAGCAGCUACUACAACCCCAUUGGAUGUUUUAAAAACCAGGAUUAUGUUGAACGAAAAGAGAAUUGGUAUUUUAAAAAUUUUUAGAAAUAUAAUUACGGAAGAAGGUCCAAAGGCCUUUUUGUCAGGAAUUGGUCCCAGAACAAUGUGGAUAAGUGCUGGUGGUGCAAUAUUUUUAGGUGUCUAUGAAACUGUUUCUACUAUUUUGAUUACUUCAACUUCAAAAUUUAAUCAAUAA